AUGGACAAGAAAGACGACAUGUGCAGAGACGACAAUGAGGAACGAGGGCUAGAGUCGUCGUCGAGUCCUCUCCAGGGAUCGCAUGCUGCGAGUCACAACGGGGCAGGGGCGCCCAGCGCCUCCAAAGGAGGCGACGAGCACAUGAACGGGUCGAGGGAGAGGAUGCAGGUAGCAGGCAGUGAGGAGCGCUCAUCUCUGCACGGGGAAGCUGCUGAAGGAGGAGGAGGGAGAGACGCCCUGCCGUCCUACACGCCGAGCCCGGACUACGACUCAUGCAGGAGUCUAAUCUACAGCUACUUCAAUCAGAUCACCAUGGGGUGCGGUACCGUCUACUGCACCAACAGGAACUGCUUCUCCUGCCCUGAAGGGCCCCGGCUCGACCCCACCUCGGCCGCCCUCCUGGCCGUGAAGCUCGCGCAGAGCACGACCCACUUCCUGUGUGCUGGAGCUGCCGUGACCAUCCCGGAGAGCCUGCAGUGGACGGAGGCCAGCUCUACCUCAGCUGAGCUUGUGCCCCUCAAGAAGCUCUUGCAGGCAGCAACGUCUGCUGAGUCCAACGUGAGCACGCAGCUGGAGCUUGCAGACGCGAUCAAGAGGUGCCUGUCUAGCUCGGAGUCGGCGAGCUGGAGCUUCCUCAAGAACGGGCGGCCAUGCAGGGCCAACGAGGAGAGCUCGGGCAUCGACUUCGAUGCGGUUAGCGAGGCCUUCGCCGCCAUGGCAAAGUGCCGGAAGCCCAUAGCCAUGCAUCGUCAACGACAUGGUAGCGUUGGCGUUCGAGGGGCUUCUGAGCAAGCUGGCGCCCCGCCUGCUGGUACGGGGACGAGCAACAAGCUGGAGCACCUGCGGAUGUUCGUCGUCCUCCUCCUCUGGCCGGGCCUGAUGGAGCCGGAGUUCUACAACAGCAUCUUCAAGAAGGUUUGCAGCUCCGUCAAUCAGCUGAAGCAGGACCACCGAGACAUCCUGCAGCGAUGGCUGGAGGAGGUGGAGGAGGAGGCGUUCCGCGAGAUCGUCGUUGCCUUCCAACAGUUCAUCACCAUCUAUGUGAACGAGUUCCGUUGCAUCGAUGACCACGUCGCGUCUGCCACCAAGGUCCUUAAGAUCCUGUGGGGCAGCAACCAGAGCAGGACAAGGGUCUCGUACAAGGAGUUCUACAACGACGCGAUCAACGAGCUCGUCGACUUCACGGAGGACUUUGCGAGAUGGAAGGACACUCAGCGUUGUCCCUUCUCCUUCUGCGACCAUCCCUUCGUCCUCGACCCCUCCACUAAGUCGAAGCUUCUCCAGCUGGACGCCAACAACCAGAUGAGGACGCAGAUCAGGUCCGCGCUGUUCCGCAGCAUCUUCGGAGGGAACGAGUGCCCCUACCUCAUCCUCAAGGUGAGGAGGGAGAACUUGAUCAGGGAUACGCUCGUUCAGAUCUCUGCGCAGCAGGACGGGAACGAGACGUUCUUGAAGAAGCCGCUCAAGGUCGUGUUCAAGGGGGAGGAAGGAAUCGAUGAGGGGGGCGUCCAGAAGGAAUUCUUCCAGCUCAUCGUCCGGCAAAUGUUCGACCUCAACUACGGCAUGUUCACCUACGAUGACGAUAGCCGGACUUUCUGGUUCUCUGCCACGGCCCUGGAGAAUGCGAGGGAGUUCAACCUGAUAGGGAAAGUCUUCGGCCUCGCAAUCUACAACAGCGUCAUCCUCGAUGUUCACUUCCCCAUGGUCGUGUACAAGAAGCUGAUGGGGUUUCAGCCCUGCCUGCUCGACCUCAAGGACUGCAAUCCGGGCCUCGCCCGUGGUCUCCAGAGCCUGUUGGACUUCGACGGGGACGUGGAGGAAUGGAUUAUGAGGAGUUUGGAGUGA